AUGGAACUACAAAUUUUAAAACAACGGUUUCCACAAAUCUACUUUUACGAAUUCACACUCGGACGUAACGCACUGCAAACGGUUCGAAGUACUGGUGAGAUAUGGAUACGAGUAAGUGUUAACGUAUGUACAGUGCAAUGUCGGCGUCGAAAAUUUCACCAUGGAAAAUUCGACGUAGGAGAUAAAGAAGGUCUUGGACGUCUUUUUGGUAAGCACGACAAUAAAGUGAAGCUCGAGAUCAUCUUCGAGAUCCAGGAGAAUAUACGUCGACAGCGGAACAGAUGGGCUGGUCACAUAAUGAGAAGAACAGACAACAGAUGGACAAAAAGAAUAGCAACACGUCGCUUUAACGAGCAACUCCUUCACCCAGCAUAUUUUUACCUCUCGCUUACGGAAGUCUUCAAGCAUAGCAACUUAUUUUAUGAGAAGUGCUUCAGAAACCAAACCGAGGCCGAAAUUGCGUUCAAAGACUUCGUCUCCUUCAUAGACGAACCAUUGAAAACCACGAAUCUCCUCAUAGAGGGACCUCGUGCCGUAAUAUGGAAAGUGCUUUACCCAACCGCCGGGCCUGUGUUAUUCGUUGCUACUUUUGGUUUCAUUAGUUUUACUCAAUGCUUAAUUACUUCUCGACAGGGUCCAGAUGAGGUGUGGUCUCCAAAAUUAAGCGUAGAUAUCCCGUUGCUUGGGUCAGGGGCAAGACAUACUUUCGAACUAGUAUUAUGUCUGUUGAUGGAUGCGGGUCUCACUGCUUCACCAGCUGUUCGAAAAGCAAAGGUUUGUUUUGACUGGUUCGGCAAAAUAUGGUCGCUUGAGUUACCUUUUGUCGCCCUUCUAAUAAUGACAUCAAGCACGUCUAUGCUGGAAAAUAAAACACUGUUUGAAUUAGAAGUCGCUAGAGCUGUCGGUCAUGCGGAGGAGUGGACAGUAGUGAUCGAAAAUGCUGUGAUUGAAGCACUGGAUCCAUCAGCACCGGAAGGGACUCCUAGUAAAGUUGGCAAACUGAUUAAUGGCGAAGUUGAAGAGUUAAUACCAAAUGUGGUCUCAAGUUUAGUGUGGGUUUUGCCCUUAUGCGGUGAAUUGCCGAUCUCACACAAAUUGUCAAUAGAUUAUCGCGUUAAACCAACAAAAGAAUCUGGUUCCGAUGAGUACAGAAAAGUUACUGACAGGCUGUAUUCUUAUCGCGAAACAUUUGAUCUUCAUGUUCCAAAGGUAGCGUAUGAGCUGUGCGCACAGAUGCUGUCUCACCAGCCGGGUGCACAGCUUUGCCGUGCUGGGGCUGCAUGCGAUCUCGUCAUUUCAUUAAGAUCUAUGAUACCGUACGUCGAAUUGCUGUAUAUUGUUCUAGAUGCUGACGAGAAACUGUGGACACUGUCAGAAAGAGCUAAAGUCCUGCAAGUGAAGGAGUCCGGUCUUGGUCAAAUCGCGUUUAGCGUUGUGCCUUGCUCUGCUGGCUUUCUACCAUACCCAUCUGUGUCGGUGUACAGCUGUAAGAGUAUUGGGCCUCGAGUCAGCGACACUUGGACAGAAGGUGUGGACAUAGUGCCAGGAAUUCAACUGUUAUCAUUUCUGCGCACAGGUGGUAAGCAAAUACGUGUUCUCUCUGCGAACCAAACCGGCUCUGAAACAGUGGAGUCGAAGAAAGGCCUAAAGCAUAAGCUUGGCAAACUUUUCGAUUGA